AUGCAUCUCUUCACAGCUUUUUCCUUGGGGCUAGCCUUCGUGGUGACUGCGUCUCCAGGCCCACCAUCUCCUAACACGGCAGGCGUUCCGGUCUCCAGCAGGUCAUUUCGCAGGUCAGAUAGCGAAUGGAGCCAUAUAAUCGACGGCUCUGAUGUGAAAGCUUCCAAGAACUACGGAGGCCGCCUCGUUGACUACAAACUCCGGGCUAGAGCUGUCGACCCGUCCCGACUUGGCGUCGAUAAGGUCAGACAGUUCAGUGGAUAUCUCGACGACAACUCCACGGACAAGCAUCUCUUCUAUUGGUUCUUUGAAUCUCGGAGCGACCCCAAGAACGACCCCGUUAUCCUGUGGCUCACCGGCGGACCGGGCUGUUCUUCCAUGUCUGGUCUCUUCAUGGAGUUGGGUCCCUCCAUGGUUGACCAGAACGGCAGCCUCCACGCAAACCCAUACUCCUGGAACAGCAACGCAUCCGUCAUCUUCUUGGAUCAGCCUGUCAACACUGGCUUCUCCUACAGUAAGGCCGAGGUCGACACCACAGCUGCCGCCGCCCGCGACAUCUACGCCCUGAUGACCCUGUUCUUCGAGCAAUUCCCCCAGUACGCCAAACAGGACUUCCACAUUGCCGGCGAGUCCUACGCCGGCCACUACAUCCCGGCAACUGCCUACGAAAUAUUAUCCCACAGUCGUCGCAAUAUCAACCUCAAAAGCGUCCUGAUCGGCAACGGCCUCACCGAUCCGUACACCCAGUACGGCUACUAUGAGGCCAUGGCCUGCGGCAAAGGCGGACACAAGGCCGUCCUCGACCAGCAAACUUGCGAGGGUAUGCGAAAGGCGCUUCCCCAAUGCCGAAGCGCCAUCGAGGCCUGCUACGGUGGAAACCACUACGCAUGUGUCGACAGCGCCGCCUACUGCGACGGCCCAUUCCUCGCCUCCUACCUGAAAACAAACCUCAACCCGUACGACGUCCGGAAAAAGUGUGUCGGAGGAAGCCUCUGCUACAAAGAAGCCAACUACGCCCAGCAGUGGCUGAACAGAAAGGACGUCAUGCAAACCCUUGGGGUCGAGGUCAGGACCUUCGACACCUGCAACCCCCAGAUCAACCUUGCCUUCCGACAGGCCGGCGAUUGGUUCCUCCCGAUCCAGAGAUACGUUCCGCACAUAUUGGCACAGAUCCCCGUUCUCAUCUACGCAGGCGACGUCGACUUUAUCUGCAACUGGCUGGGCAACGAGGCAUGGACCAAUGCUCUGCCGUGGCCGGGCAAGGACGCCUUCAACAGUGCCGGCCCCCUGGAGCUCACUGCACGUUCGGGCAAGAACUACGCCAAGAUCAAGCACGCCCAAGGCUUCGCAUUCGCACGAGUAUACCAGGCGGGACAUUUGGUUCCUCAUGACGAGCCUGAAGGUGCGCUUGACCUCAUGACUCGCUGGAUAAGGGGCGAGUGGAGCAAGUAA